AUGUACGAUGUCACCACGCCACACCUCCCUCUCCUCCUUCAGCGGCCUGCGUCUCCCCCAAGGCCCAGGCAGAGGCUGUCAUCUGGUUGUUAUGAGCUGCUAACGGCAUGCCUGGGUCUUGGCGCUCUGCCCUUGUGCACACACCCCACAGUGGCCCCCAGCGGGACGGGGGGGGAGGACGGGGGGGAUGGCUCAGGUCGGGGGGGGGAGCGAUUAGUAGUGACACGUCUUUUGGGCACCGGGUGGGACCUCUCCACCAUGUGA